AUGCACAGUCACCACUCCCAUUCAGGCCAAUUCUGCAGGCAUGCGUCCGGGAACCUUGAGGAUGUCGUUCUUGAAGCUAUACAUCAAGGCUUCGACGUGUACGGCCUUACUGAGCAUGUUCCCAGAUACCGAAUCCAAGAUCUCUAUCCUGAAGAGGCAAGAAUGUCUUUGCCUGAUCUUGAAAUCCAAUUUAACGCGUUUCUUGAUGAAGCGCACAGAUUGAAGUUGAAAUAUACUCACAAGAUCAAUCUGCUAGUCGGAUUAGAGACGGAAUACAUCACUUCGCUGGAUAUUGACAACCUCCAACGGUGUCUUCGAACACAUGGGGAGCGUGUCGAAUACAUCGUCGGCUCCAUACAUCAUGUCAACGGCCUGCCCAUAGAUUUCGAUUUCGACACCUUCCAAAAGGCUUUACACAGUUUAGCAAGUGAAACCGAGAAAGACACACAGGAGAAUUUCCUUUGUUGUUAUUUCGAGGCCCAGUACGACAUUCUUCAGCAGGUGAAGCCCGAGAUUGUGGGACAUUUUGAUCUAUGCCGUCUCUAUACCCCUUCGUUGCGUCUGGACAAUUAUCCCGCGGCCCGGAAGCUCGCGGAAAGGAAUAUUGCGUAUGCCGUCGGAUAUGGCGCCUUGUUUGAGGUUAACGCGGCCGCUCUCAGGAAAAAAUGGGAUACGGCUUACCCCGCGGAAGAUGUCGUUGAGAUCAUCGUCAAACAUGGCGGUCGGUUCACAUUGUCAGACGAUAGUCACGGACCCCACGCUGUUGGGUUGAAUUAUGACAGAGUGGCCAAGUAUCUUCGAAGCGUCAACAUCGCGGAGCUGUGGUACUUACAGAAGUCAAUAAAUGUCAACGCCGCUGGACGCAAGAUUCAGCCCGUCAGGCUCGAGGGUGACUGGUGGAACCAUGCAUUCUGGCAUGGACGAUUGCAUUCAAGAGAUUUCGACCAAUGA